AUGGCGUGCCCUUUUGAUGAGGAUCCUGUGGACGUAGAGGCACAGAUUAUACAGGGUUUUAUUCGCCGUGAGAGGGUGAUAAGACCACGUAUCGAUGUCUUUUCUUAUCCUAACGAAUAUUUGCAGGAGCGCUAUCGUUUUUCUAGGGAGUCAUUAAUUUAUUUAACAAACCUACUAAAACCACACAUCUCAAACGUAACAAACCGCGGGUCAGCGCUUAGCGCCGAACAAAUUCUUUGUAUUGCUCUGCGCUUUUUUGCUACGGGGAGUUUUGUCUACAAUGUGGGCGAUGCAGAGCAUGUGGGAAAGGCAACAGUGUGUAGAGCCGUUCGUACAGUAUGCAUGGCACUGAAACGGUUUCUACACACUUUUGUACAGUUCCCUGGCCAUAAACCUGUGCGCUUUAUUAAAGAAGAAUUCCACAGGGUGGCAGGGUUCCCAAAUGUGAUUGGGUGCAUUGAUGGCAACCAUAUUCCUAUUAAAGCGCCUUCUAUCAAUGAGGGAGACUAUGUUAAUAGGAAGUCUGUGCAUAGCAUCAAUGUGCAGGUAAUAUGUGAUGCAACCCACCUCAUCACUAAUGUUGAGACAAAAUGGCCUGGGUCUGUACAUGAUGCCAGAAUAUUUAGAGAGUCAUCUCUGUGCAACAAAUUUCAACAGAGACACUUCUAUGGUUACUUGCUGGGGGACAGAGGAUACCCUUGCCUCCCCUAUAUGAUGACACCCUACCCUGAUCCUGAGCCCGGACCACAGACACGCUUCAACCUGUCUCACAGCAGAACACGGGCCAAGGUGGAGAUGACAAUAGGCAUUCUGAAGGCGAGGUUUCAGUGUCUGCGUGGGCUCAGGGUCACUCCAAAUAGGGCAUGUGACGUCACAGUUGCUUGUGUGGUAUUUCACAAAAUUGCCACAAUAAGAGGAGAGAGGCAUCCCCCUUGUCCCGAUGAAGAUGACCUAGAACAACACCCAUUGAAUCUAGCAGACCACAGAGAUGAGGAUAACACGAAGCGUAUCACAGAGGCGGAGAGCCGUGUUUCCCAGACCGAGGAUGAAGUGGCGGAACUUCAUAACAAGAUAUCGGCAUUGGAAAAAACUGUACAGUCCCUUUCGGAGAGAGCAGAAGACGCCGAAAAUCGCAGCCGGCGGGACAAUAUUCGUAUCAUUGGUCUGAAAGAGGGUGCGGAGGGUCGCCAACCUGUUAAGUUCUUUCAAACCUGGCUGCCCAAGCUGCUGGAGAUUGAAACAAAACAUGGCGCUAUUAAAAUCGACCGGGCGCAUAGAACACUGGGCCCGCUCAAACCCAACCACGCACGCCCUGUGCUGAUUAAGCUUCACAACUACUCGGACAAGAGUAAAAUCCUGGCUGCUGCAAGGAAGACGGAGCCUUUCGCAUAUGAGGGAAGUGACAUUCUUAUCAUGCAGGACCUGUCAGUUAGAGUCAGAGAGGCUAGACGGGCAUACAAUGACGUCUGCGGUCAGCUUAUUCAAAAAGGUGUCCGUUUUGUGAUGCGCUACCCUGCUAACCUCUGUUUCAACCACAAUGGGUCUGACCACUCCUUCCAUUCUGCACAAGACGCACAGGCGUACCUGAACGGAUUGGACUAA